UGUCCUAGCCCUUGACAUAAAGCCUUCAGCUCUCGCUCUUUUCCAAAGCCAAAUAUAGUUAAUUUCUUGUACUUGUCCUUUUGAGUAUAGCUGUUCUACAUGUUGUUUACCAUGCGCCUAUUUCUUACAGCUAUAAUCGCCUGUUGCGCGAUUUCUGUGCUAGCGGCACCACUGAGUACGCAGCACAAAACACUCAAACCAUCCAAAGAUACAUUCUACACUGCCAGCAACUCCUUUGAAUCAAAACCCCAAGGCUCGUCCCCGUACCUAAUAGCCUACGAUAAUGCAGGAGUCCGCUCGUUCACGCUCAUAGCGUUUGACUUGCCCCAAGAAGUAAUUGGUAACUCUAGCCGCGUUGCAAAAUGCACUAUGACGCUGGGAAAGUUUGCCUUCCCGCCUACCGGUUCUGUAAAUAUCUUUCUGACUGCCACAUCUGCGGGCUGGGACGAGAAAACAGUAAGCGGCUUGAAUGCACCAGCGGUAAUGGGCGAGACAGUGCAGAUAGUUGUCACUGAUACUUUGGUCCCAAUCACGUUUGAUUCAACGUAUCUGUGCAGUGUUGCGGCUAGUAGUGGUGGUGGUAGUAUGUCAGUGAGACUCGAUAGUCCACAGGCGCUGUACUCGACCGCAUCGCGUGAAAAUGGCGGCCAAGCAUCGCUGCUAAUCGAAUAUUAGUAUAUAGCAUGGAUAUAUAGUCAUAUUUGCUGUGAAGAAAGUCCAGGUCCUUGUCCAGAGCAUACACCAAGGCACACACUGGCGCCGCGUUCUCGUCAGAUUAAUCCAUGCUUGGCCAAAAAGGUCCUAAUGCAAAGCAAGAUGGCGGAUUAAUAAAUUUAUUACCAACUGACAA